AUGAUUUUUAUUUACUUCAUAGUGUGAGGUUCCAAUUAGAAGAAAAUUCAAAAUUAGAGAUCAAUGGCUUCUCCGAGUUAUCUUCAGUCAUAAUUCGCAGAUUGAAAGAUUUUGAGAGGCAGUUUUGCGGCAAAUUUUUUGGGUUUUGCAAAAAUCCUGAGUACUUGAAGGAGUUGUUCUUUCGCUACAACAAGUUACGCUCUCUGGAUUGUUUUUCGCUCCAUCUUGAUGAUACUCGAUGCUUAUUUGACCGGGGGUGCGAAGAAGAUGUUUGUUCAAAUACCUGAGAGAGGUAGAUUUUUGUUCUUCCUGUUUUCUAAAGUAAUUAUUGAGAUUAGCUGUGAAAACCUUGCAAGCUCAAAGGAUUUAAUCGUUAUGGACAGCAACUUGAAUUGUAAGGACUGUGUUACUCUUCUUCUUUCUUAUACUCGUUCAUUAUUCGAUCGAGGAAAAGAGAUCGAGUUUGGUUUAAGGACUUCUUGUUUUAAAUGUUCUGAAAUUCUGUCUAAAAUGGAUGUGUGCAUGAUACUGUUGGGGUGACUACUAUAUAAUUUUUUUUCCAGAGUUGAUUCCUGAUCAUGAUUACUGGUCAGCUUCAUGGUCUCAUAGUGUUUGUAGUGCUACUUGGCAGAUGCUUGAUAAAACAUUUGAAAUAGAUAUUGUAUGCCUCAAGAGAAAAAAUGUUUCCAGUGUGAAAUCCUUAAUUGAUGGUAGAGUAUUUGAUCGCGGAAAAGAAUUCGGAACCAAUCCUGCAUGCUCUACUGGUGGCUGUGAAUUUAGUUUGGGUUUACCUGCUUCUUGUUUAUUUGUUCUACAUGUUUGUUCAUUUUUAAGGGAUGCAAACAAGAGGAAUUUAGAUUAUAAUAUGUUUCUUAGACAUGGGUUUCGAUCACAUGCAUCCUCUAUGAAUUAUAUCUUGUUAGUGUUCAAAACUGGUGAUAUUGGUGAUGUUUUUCUAGGGCGUCUUCAAAUGCUUGCGGUGUGCGGAACAGUAAAUUUUCUGUUGCAGCUGGAGUUUUGUUUGUUUCAUGAGAUUGCAGUUCAUUCUUUCGGAUCGUUGGUAGUCACUCAGAUCCAUUUCGUGAGUUUUGAAUGUGUCUUUAAGGUUCUUAUGUUCAAUACUUUCACAAUACUUCACCAUGGGUUCUUAUAUCUGCAAUCAUGGAGUCUUUUUCAUAUUGUGAUAUGGAUCCAUAUGGAUCAGGGUACUUGGUUUAACCAACGUGUUGGAACUAGUGCAUUUUUUGGGCUGACAUCUUCGCAAAUGUCUCAGGUGGCCAGUUCAGCUGGUGAUUUUUCUUAUGAGAACUUGAUUUUUGUGUUGAUUCCUAGCUUGGUGUACCACUCAGACUUUUCGGCUAUACAUUUAACUGUUCUCCUGUGUAUUACUGAUGCUGACAUUGUUGAUGAGAGGACACUAACUGUUACAAUGGCUGCAAGAACUGGAAAUUUGAGUCACUUGGCUAAGAGUUUAGUGUGGAGAUUGCGUAGUGGUGAUGCUACAGCAUUCAUACUUUCUGAAUUGUGGGAGAUUCGUGCAAUGGAAAAAAAGCACAAACAAUGGUUGCCAAAACCUACAGAAGUUAACCUGCUUGUUUGUACUGAUGCUCAUCUCCAUCUAAAUGUGCUUAUAUUCGAGGCCUAUGUGAGAUUUUCGAUUAGUGACGGCGUUGCAUACUAUGUGGAGAAUUACUGCAACACAAGAAGUCAGAAUUUCAAUGUUAAUUAUUUUUAUAUGCUUCUUACACAAUUGCCUUCCUGCACAACCGACUUCACCAAGCUGGUUAAUGAUUAGACGCAACAAGCUUACAUCCCAUGGUCUAUAGGCGAGGAGAGUGUUGGUAUGAGUACUUAUCCAGCAAAUGGUGUUUCCAAUUAUGGGCCUGCAGUUUAUCAUGGACAACACAACACUACCAAGUUCUGGGCAAUGGUGGACUUUAUCGAAAAACUCAUACCUUGUGGUCAUUUCUUUGCUGGGUGUUUUACAGAGUGGGCAUGUUUCUCACAGCUAUUUUUCUCUCAUUCACUGGCUACUUGGAAAUCUGAAACCUCAGAUGCUUACCACCAUGUACCAGCAUAAGAGAGGAGGGUGGCUGGAAACUCAGUUCACAUCCUUGAGGACAAUGAUGUUAGCAAGGAGUAGGGAAUGUCAUGUACCAACAUAAGAGAGAAGGGUGGCCCUUAUCAUAAUCAGGGUGAUAGUUAGCCUUUAAUAUUAAUUGUUAAUUAGUAGUUUAGUUAGAGUUAAUUAGAAAUAUAAUGAAUGGUUGAUAUGUAACCAUCUGUCUGGCUUAGUGAUCGUUAGAUCGAGUUGGGUAAACCUAGAUAUAUAAUGCUAUGGUAUCUGUAAUUUGAAGAUAAUGAAUUCAUAAUCAAGAAUAUCGUUUUAACGA